ACUUCCUCUGUAUGAAAAAUGACACCUUUAAAUAUCAAAUCCACAGCCUGGGCAUACUCUCUGAUUACACUUGGAACUGAAAUGUUAAGUUCUUUCUUCAGUUUCUACUAUGUGAAACUUUUCUUGGAACUAUACAAGAUUUCAGAGCUGGCCUUCUAUCAAUCUCAGGUAAUUUUAAUGAUCUGCAACAUUCUGAAUGACCUGAGUGGGUAUUUUCGCAUGAACUCUCAGUAUGACUGCUGUCUAAAUUACCACUGUUCCCUUUUUGGAGCGCUUUUGCAUACAGUGGCCUUCCUUCUCCCGUGGUUCCCUUGGAAACACUAUCAAGAAAGUGACUGGCUUAGUGGACUCCAACUGGUCGUCUCUCUGUGCGCCUUUGACAGCACCCUCGCCUGGGUGCAGCAAGCCCAGUGUCGCUUGUUUGCAGAGAUGUCCCCCAGGCAUGAGAGCAGGCUGCAGCUGUCCAGAAUGAACCAGGUAGCAUCCCUGGUGGGCUCCACCAGCGUCCUUUUCUGUGGCCUCAUCUCUCGAAACAUGGAAAUCCUGUCCAAUUUUCAGGCCAUCGCUGUCGUCAUUGCUGCCCUGGCGGCUGCCAGCCUCUAUGGCGGCAUGUUCCAUAUGAGACGUUUGGAAUUUAAGAGAAACCCAGAGGAAAACCUCCUCUCUGAGAGUGAACAGGAGCUGGUGUGGACCUCCGCCAUCUUGCUGAUGAGGCAAAUCUUGUCACAGAGGAACUUCUUCCUUUUUCUUGUCAUGAGUUUUUUCCAAGUCUUCCAUUUGACCUUCUUGAGUAACUUCAUGAUGAUCUUUGCAGAUAACCUCAUUCCGAUCGAGGCUGUCUCUUCUUCCAUAAGGAGCAUCAUGUAUGGGGCUGGCUUCAUCUGCCCUCAGUGCCUGGUACUUCUAGGGCAGUCCUGGCUGAAGAAAUAUGGUUACUAUAAGGUUAUCUUAAUUUCUUUCUACCUAGAAGGAGCAGCUGCCAUUGUCAUGUUAUUUCUGGGACAGGAAUAUUAUUCCUGUUUGGCUAUUUAUCUCACUGUUAUCAUGGUGAUUGUACAUGCCUCUUUUUGUUUAUUUAACUUGCCACUGGCUGACAUGGUUGAUGCAGAUUUGCUGAAGUUUAACAGGCAGUCUCCUCUUCCCUUGAUGGUUUUUGGCAUCAGUUCUUUGUUCACCAGACCUGCCCAGUCUUUAGCUCCCAUGUUGAUACUCUCUAAGCUAAACCAGUAUGGAUAUGGAGACCCGAACAACAGAAUACUUUUAGAUCUUCAAGACAGCGUGUUUAGUUUGGUGUGUGUGGUCCCGCUGGGCAUCGCCACAGUGCAGAUUCUGACUUGGAGCUCCUUCUCCAUCAGGAGCAGAGCAGACUACUCAGUAGGGACUGUGUUAGCACAGUGGCCAUGACACCUCUUCAAGUGCUUGCCAGUUCUUACAGGCUGUGCUGUGCUCAGAGGUGGAAAUGAUCUUUACACCUUCUCAUCUGUUUAAAAAC